AUGAUGGGUAGACUUAGGGAGUCUCUGGCUGGUCCGGGGUAUAUCAUCUUAAAUGUCGUCCGAGCUUUCAAUAUCAUCGUCUUUCUCGACCUAAUCGCUGCCUGUGUUGUCAUGCUGGUCAAGACCAAAACAACAAAUGGCUUUUUCUUUUUUCAAGCCGUCACCCAUGCCGUGGUAGCACUCAUCAGCAUCUUCCUGAUCAUCUCUGAGCUUCCCAUCCUUCGCGGUUACUUUAACCGUCAAUGGCCGCUAUUCGGCGAGGACGCUGGUUUCGUCACGCUGGCAGCGAUUAUGAUGAUCCUCGGAGUUGCAACACUAGGUAAUCUGAAUACCAUGAGCCAAAAGUCCCUCGGUCUGGCAUUUUGGCGCAUUGUCAUCUCAGCUGGUGUCCUGGCUAUGGUAAUGAGCGUAUUCAACCUAUUGACGACAUUUAUCUUUACCAAUCGCGAGGCAGGUGUCAGUGCACGACACAUUCGGGCAUACGGUGCGGUGGCUCCGCAAAAGGUGGUGAGUCGAACUAGCAGCCGCCGCUCAUUUCAGCUCAGUCUGAAGCGUGAAGACUCCCUCCCAACCUACACCCGUGAACGCGAACGUGAACCAGCCUUGAAGCGAGCAUCUCGACGGCUUACGGCGGCGGCGGGUCGCUUCCCUCUCAAGAUCUCAUCUCCUUUUCCCAACACUGCCAAUGUGAACGACGCCGCCUCGUCCAAGUACUCGCGAGAUUCGGCCGAGGUUCGGAUGCCCGAUCCUGCGCAUCAUCCGGCUUUGUACUCAGGACAUGUUUAG